GAUGCAAGCCCUGCCAUCACCUGCUUAAAGACGACAGCGACCUGGAGUUCCUGGCAAAGAAGAAGGUCCUAGAAGGCUGAGCAGUGGGAGCAGAAGAGCCAUGAAGGCGGCAAGGCGCCGUACUGAUCGCCAAGUGCCCCACGGUUGCGGACAAGGGUGGAUGUGUGGUGGGCAGGGGAGGACCAUCUGGACCAUCGAGGUGGUGAAGCGGGCAUAACCACACGCCAGGCUACACGGCCUACACUAGGUAUUGGCGGUUUGUCCAUAGCGGGGCGGGAGUCAGGGUGUUGUGAUGGUUGACGACUGGAUGCAGUGCAGAAGCGCGCCAGACAUAUCCUAGCCUUAAAAUGCUGGGUUCGGGGGCUCGUCAGUUGUGCCACCACAGACUUCUGUUCGUUCUGACGCGCCAAACUGCCAAACAACGGUCUAAAGCAGCCCCUUUUCCCGUGACCGGGGAACACUUGAUCAGACCUACCGGCUUUCCACCUCCCUCGCCACCGUUGCUCCAAAUCAAUUAACUCGUUUGCUAACUAGUGCAUAUUUGGGCUCUGUGCGUUAGUGCGUCACGUAAUGGGGUGACCGCUGUGUGAGCGGCAUGAUUGGGCGCCCAGAUUGGGCACAAAAGGGCGUGAUUUCAGACGCAUCCGCGACUUCGCUACUCACUCUUGCGCCUCUUGCACUCCUGAGACCUCUUACUACCCUCUUCCUUGUGUUCACUUCAGCUGUGCAUCAUGGCCCCCGCCCGUGGCAUUCCCGCUGAUAUUCUGGCGCUGUCCGUGCCCAUCGUCUUCGCGGCGGGCGCCUUCAGCACCAUGCUUUACCGCGUCAUCCGCCACGACCCCGAGCAGACUGCGGGCAUCACGCCUGAGACUGCUGAGGCAGCCAAGAAGGGUGACCAGUUCAAGAACUCCAUUCGCUCAAUGUUCGUGGGCCGCAGCACGAGCCUGUUCGACAACGACAUGAGCAAGUUUGUCAAGUAAACCGCCUGCAUGAGCACUGCGGGCACAAGCCGCAGUCGCCUAUAGUAACUGCUGACACAGAGCGUGUGUCCUGAAGCUGUCCGGUGGCUGCGACUGGAGCGGUGUCAGCGUGAGAAUUUGCGCUACUUCGCUUACCUACUACGCGGCUCGGCGUAACGCGGGGCUGGUUUCUGAGCUCGAUUACUCGAGCGUAGGGGGCAUGAAAAGCUUGGAGUGGCCCGAGAGCACUUGGCAUUGACAGGGUUUUGCUCUAGACGAGAGCGCGGAGAAGAAUGCGUGAGUGACCAUAUCGGGUGCUUCUUGCUUCCACAUUCAUGUGAGCCCUUGCGGAUUUGGCCUGUUCUGCCUCGUCCUCGGUGUUCUUGACUGCACGCUGGCGUGGCAACCCCUGUCGGCUGUCGGGUGUGCCCGUCCGACGCGGGCGCGCUCGGACUGUGGUGUUCGGUUUAAGGGUUUGGUUUGUCAUGUGGAGUGUGCAUUCGAGGUGUCAUAACAGCCAAAAUAUAGAAUUGGCAAGAUAAUAAGCCGUGGAACGGCAAAGGAACUGCGCUGUAAGCUGGACGUGGC